UGGUAUUGGGAAAACACUAGGCGUGAGCUGUGAACCAGCGAAUAGCCAUCAAUCACCGAAUAAAAAUGUCGCCAAACGGACAUUUUUGAAAGAGGAACACCCCAUUCUGACGCGGAAUGACUCACUGAAAACAACUGAAAUGAAUUUAUUCAAACGUGACAGGCAGCGGACCGUUGCACAGUAAAUCAAAGCUUUGAAAUAUAUGAAUAGAUGAGAAAACCUACACUGGAAGUACAUGUUCUCCUCAGUGCGACUUAUUAUCGUUUAUGGUAGAUGGAAGAUACAUUUGGAGUCAAUACUUUAGACUGAGUGUUCCGCAACGCUGCCCACCACCAUGACCAAAGACAACAAGAAGGGGACCAAGCCUCCCAAACACUGGAGCCAAAACGUCCACGAGAUUGUGAUCUCGCCGACGGAGGACGGCAGCCCCAACUUCACCGUCAGGGGCGGGGCCGAGAAUGGGCUGUUCCCCUUCGUCGCGGACGUGCGCAGCGACAGGAUCCUGUUGCGCUCCGGCAAGCUGCACACGGAUGAUAUAGUGAUCGAGGUGAACGGCCACAGGUUGCCCGGAUUUACGCUGUGGGACAUUGAGGCCCUUAUGGCGCACGUCGGUCGCGCUCCUCUGCACCUCAAGACAGUCAAACAAGGUCAAACGCUGAAUAAAGACCUGCGUCGAUAUCUCAACAUGCGUUUCCAGAAGGGCUCAGUGGACCAUGACUUGCAGCAAACCAUCCGUGAAAAUCUCUACGUUCGCACCGUGCCUUGUACCACAAGAGCUCCCCGGGAAGGCGAAGUCGACGGGGUGGACUAUAAAUUCCUGUCGGUGGAUGAGUUUAUGGCGCUAGAGAAGAGCGGGCAUCUUCUGGAAAGCGGCGUGUUUGAUGGUAACCACUACGGCACCCCCAAGCCGCCCGCCAAGCCACCCCCUGCCCAAUCCCCUACCUCCUCAUCCUCCCCACCACCCCCCGCCCAACAACCCCAGCAGAAUAACUCCUCCAGCACCAACACCAGCCCCAAGAAGUCGGCCGCUCACCACCGGCCGGGGGCCAAGCCCUCGGCCCCGGGCAAGCGCCAGCGCAACAAGUCCACCAUCGAGGCCACCACGCUCAACUCUGACCCCCUGGACGAGGAAGAGCAGAGACGGAGGGAAGAAAUCCAGAGGGCGGAGGAGGAACUCGGAGAAUUACCGGUCGACUGGGAAAUUGCAUUCACCGACCAGGGAGACAUGUAUUUCAUUUAUCAUGUGACGGAGACCACCCAAUGGCUGGACCCCAGGCUGGAGCACAAGCCAGCCAAGGACCUGCUGGACUGUGAAGACGACGGUGAGCACAUUCCUCAUGCUAACUCUCUGUCUGACAACCAGGAACUUCCUCACGGAUGGGAAAAGAUUGACGAUCCCCAGUUUGGGACCUACUUCAUUGAUCACAUCAACCGCAAGACCCAGUACGCCAAUCCAGUCCUGCACGCCAAGGAGGAAGCCCAGAGGAACGACGCCAACAGGCCAGACGGCCGAUACUCGACCACCCUCCCUCGCUCAGCCAGGAGUAGCCAGAGCUCCCUGCAGGCUGGCCCCCAGCCGUCCCGGGCGCUCAGUGAUCCCAACAUCCAGGAGAACGGCCACUUGGCACAACCACAGCUGUCUACCUCCCCGGUCAAGACAACUUCAGAUGCAGAAUGGCGUGCCAUGUUCACCAGCGAGCCCGACAAGCUGGAGGGUCAGCUGAUCAGGACGGUACUGACCAAGAGCAAGAGAGGGUUUGGCUUCACCAUCGUGGGCGGGGACGACAGCGAGGAAUUCCUGCAGAUUAAGAGCGUGGUGCCCACCGGCCCGGCCGCAUCCAACGGGGUGCUGAAAACAGGUGAUGUUCUAGUGUUCGUCAAAAGUGACGCCACUCCCCAGCCUGUCAAGGUCUUGGGAUACACGCACCAGCAGGUGGUCACACUGUUCCAGGCUAUCAUGCCAGGGGAGCAGGUCCACCUACAGGUCUGCCGCGGCUACCCCUUGCCCUUUGACCCCGAUGACCCCAACACGCACAUCGUCACCUCCUAUGCAAUCUCGCCCACUUCCAACCAGCCCGGGGUGAAGAUCCCCAGCACCCCGUCGUCCUCGUCGGCUUUCCGCAAGCACAACAGCCUGCCCCCGGACAAGAUCCACAACAACAUUGGCCCGCCCAGUUACAAGGACGUCAACAUGACCCACGUCUUCAAGCAUGACAGUUUCGACACGCCCCCUCCCCCGCCUAGGAUCUCCUCCGGUCAUCAUCCCAACCACCACCACCACGGGAACCAUCGGAACGGGGACUCGGGUUCCAACCUCUCCCGGGACACGCACGUCAAGUCCCUGCCGGACCUGACGGCGCCCAAGCCGCGGGAGAUGGAAGUCACCGGUUCCCCGCGGGCCAAGACGCCGACGCUGUCCCUCAGUCUCAAGCCGGACUCCCUGACGUUGCCUAACGAUAUCAACAGCAGGGGGAGUAUGUCCAGCGAGCAUCAGAGUGAGUCUCCGUCGAGCACGCAGCCGGAGAUUCACGCCAUUCAGUUUGUGAAGGGGAAUCAAGGCUUCGGGUUCACUGUGGCCGACAGUCCGUAUGGGCAGAAGGUGAAGCAGAUCCUGGCCUCGCAGCGCUGCAAGACGCUGAAAGAGGGCGACAUUCUGGUGGAGAUCAACGAGGAGUACAUCCGGGAUCUGCCUCACAACCAGGUGGUCAACAAGCUGAAGGAGUGCCCCCUGGGUGUGGAGACGACCAUCGUGGUGCAGCGCGGAGGUAUGCUGAAGCCCGUGCGCAGUCUGAGCAAGAUCAAGCCAGUCAAGACGCCCAAGACUCCAGAACCGAGGGACAAGGAGGAUCUGGACCACAAGGUUUUCCGAAACUCUGAAGAUCGUGAUUAUCGCCCUCACAGUAACGGGCCCCACAAAGGAGACGGUUAUUCUAGUGAUGAAUACGACUCCCAAAACGAGGAUCGAGACAUGAGGCGUGCCAAACGCGGCCGGGAGCGGGGGAACAAGAGCCCCAGGACAGUGAGACGCGAGGCGAAUCGUGAGCAUGAAGAGCGCCACCAGGGUCAAGAAAGGGACAGAGGUGAGCGCGAGCCUCGGCAUCAACCCUACCGGGACCAUGACCGAAUCCCAAAUGAGAAUGGACCCAUUCGCGGGCCGCACGCCGACCACCGUCAGCACGCUGACCACGACUCGGACCGCAGCUGGGAUCGUGAUGUGGACAGGAGGCAUGACGACCACAGCAACCGUCGCGGAGAGCCGCGCAGGCAGAAUGAACGUGCUGACCGAAGACCUGGCCAAAAUGACCGGCGGUCUACCGACACGGAAAGAGACAGGGACAGGAGGCAAAACAGGGAACCAGGCAGAUACAAGGAUGACGACCGGCCAGCGGUCGACUAUGAAACCAGGAGCUUGGAGCGCAGGCGCAGACCGCGCAGUCCCGAUCACAACAGGCCAGGCUCACGACCUGAGCGCUCACGGACGCCCAAAUACGACUUUGAUUCCAGAGAGCACCGUCCGGCUCCGAAAUCACCCGGAAUGGAGAGGCGUGGGGCUCCGCCAAUUGAGAACGGGACCAGGUCACUGAGGCGGGAUUACCGGGGUCAUCCGGAGGACAGUAGAGGUCAGGACGGUCGUAGGUCACGACCUGGGGGUGAAAGUGGUACUGGUCCACGGAGCCGAACCCCCAAGCCACUCCGUAGCACCUCACCUGUCAACAAGUCUGAUAACGUCGUGGAGCAGAGACCGCCCUCUAGAGCCAAGCCCACUCCCUUGACUCUAGCCGACAACAAGGGGGGUAACUUCAUCGAGACCACCGUGUUCCUCAAGAAACAUAACGAUGGGUUCGGCUUCAGGAUAGUUGGUGGGCUGGAGGAACAGUCCCAGGUUGCCAUCGGAAACAUCGUACCCAAUGGUGCGGCUGACCUGGAUGGACGGCUGAUUACCGGUGAUGAGCUACUGUACAUUGACGGCCAAUCAGUGAUCCGGUCCUCGCACCAGGAGGUCGUGAAUCUGAUGAUCAAGGCUUCGCAAUCUGGCCGCGUCUCACUGGGCAUCCGGAGAAAAGUGUCUUCUCCCACUGCAAGCGUACCUGUUGGCAAGAACACCAUUGAGCGACGGCCUUUGUCAGAACCCCAAGCACCAAGGAGUCCCGGCAGCCCGACGAAGCCUAGCGCCGUCACCUUCCCUUACGACGUGGCGAUACACCGCCGAGCCAACGAGGGGUUUGGAUUGGUCAUUCUCUCCUCCACGCUCACUUCGGGCUCCAAGAUCGGUCGGAUUAUUGAAGGCAGUCCCACGGACCGCUGCGGCAAAGUCAAAGUCGGCGACCGACUGAUCGCCGUCAACAGAGUGGACAUCAUGAAUAUGCAUCACAAGGACAUUGUCAACAUGAUUAAAGAUGCUGGGCUGAGUGUCACGCUAACCAUAGGACCACCGGAACCAGUUGCUGGUAACUCACCAAAAGCCAAUGAGAGCAUGACAAACGCCCUUGCCAUGCCAGCACACAUCAAGAGCAGCGAUACCAGUCUAUUGCAGAGGGACAGUUUUAGAGAGGGGCCCAAAUCACCUGCGACACCCACGGCCGACCCAUACAGCCGUCAACAUGAGCCACAGUACCCGACAGCCCCAAGGUGGCGCUCUCCGUCGGAACCAGUCCGAGGGGACCACCGGGACCCGGCCUCCUCCUCCAGCCGAAGCACCCCGCAGCCAAGCUACGAAUCCCGCAGCCCGACCUCCUAUCACAACCAGCAGCAUAACCCUCCACACAAUCCCCAACACAACCCCCAGCACAAUCCUCGGCACAAUCCCCAACACAACCCCCAGCCCUACCAGCAGCAGCAGCCGUCUGUGCCUUACAGCGAGCCAUCCAGGGAGCCGUACAGCAGGCCUGGUGACUACGCAACCGAGCCCGCCUAUCACCACCGUGAUAGACCAUCAUCCCAACCAUAUCCGCAGUCUGUGGAUUCCUACCACGCGCCGCACCAUUCCCAUCCUCAGCAGCCUUCCUAUCAGCAGUCCUACAGACGGCCUCAAGAACCUAACGCGCCCCCCAGCCAUGGGAUGUACGAUGAUCAGCCAGAGAUAGAGCCAGGGGACUACUAUGCGGUGGAGCUGGAGCGUGGAGCCAUGGGCUUUGGGUUCAGUAUACGCGGGGGACGGGAGUUCCAGAACACGCCACUGUUUGUGCUACGCAUGGCGGAGGAGGGGCCUGCUGCCCAGGGGGGCCUAGUCAGGGUGGGCGAUCAGAUCAUAGAAAUCAACAGUCACAGCACGGACGGGAUGCUGCAUUCAGAGGCCAUUGAAGUCAUCAGGCGAGGGGGUAAGAGGGUGCGUCUCUUACUACGACGAUCUGGCCCACCCCCUGCUUCAGAUGAUGGCAGAGGGGGGAUGCUCAAGACGGUUUCCAACACCUCACUCCAGAGUGCUGACCAGGCCUUCCAUCAGCAUCACUACCCAAAUCAUCACCCUCAUCGGCCUCAGGGUCCUGGCCAUCGGAAGGAGGCCUUCGACACUUGGUCCUAUCGUAGCCUACCCAGGGGGAUGAGGUACUAAGCCUGCCCCUACCCAGGGGGGAUGGGGUACUAAGCCUUCCCCUACCCAGGGGAUGGGGUACGAAGCCUGCCCCUACCCAGGGGGAUGAGGUACUAAGCCUGCCCCUACCCAGGGGGAUGGGGGUACUUAAGCCUGCCCGCUGGACAGAAUUUGCAGUGUCUGAGUGAAGAAUAUGUGAUUUUUUUAGUGUGUUCUGUUCUAGUCAGCAUGUCAGUUCAUACUUCAUGCUAGAAAGUCAUGAAUACCCACAGUGAGAAACAUGUGUUUGGCAAAAAAAGGGGGGGACUUAAGUUUCCAUUUUGGAGGAAGUUUGCCCCCACAGGGAUGGUUGAGGGUGUUUUUAGUGUAUUUGUUGCACCCCAGGAAUUGGACCUGUCCUUGUCUUCUGAACCCAGAUAUUUUGAUUCAAUUUCAAGACUUUUUGUUUUUUACAAAGAUAUGACACAUACGUAUUCAGAGGCGAAGUUCUUCUCAUGCGAUAUGAUUUUUUGGAAUUGAAAAAUUUGAAAUAUGAUGGUAGAAACAGUAAACCAACUUUUCAUUGGACCUUUGCGCCAUUAAUAUAUUUUUUUAAAUAACUGUCUGAAAGGUCUGUUUGGAUUCAAGAAUUCGUGGAUUUUUUUUUUUUAUUUUUAACAAACUUUUUCUCAUGGUUUAUGGGGCCAAUAGGAAAUUUAUAGUCCUGGUCAAAUAAGUCACUUUUUUUAACGUACAUUUUUGGGCAUUCAUUGUAUUACGAUUUAGAAUGUUACUCUUAUGCCCAGGGCUAAUAGUUUUGUUGUAAUUUGCAUUUUUAAGAUGAAAUCCACAAUUUUAAUUAAUUUUUUUAUUUUAUUUUAAUAAAAUAGGGAAAAUCAAGUAUUACCUGUUUUCAGGUGGUAUUUUAUCGAGGGUUAUUUUUAAGACCUGGCUCUCACGGUUUUAUCGUUAAAUGCGUGUGUUUUUGAUGUCUUACUACAUGGCUUGCUUUCACAUUGUAGAAUAUUACCACCGAGACCCUGAGUUUAUGCAUAGUAAUCGCUUCGUGCCAGAACUAUAGAGGGCGGUGUUUGACUUAUGAUUAUCAUAGUUCUGUGGUGUACAAAUAGACUGUUCAACCUACAACCUUGGUGUAAAUGGUAGGCCGAACUUCUGUGCUAGAACACACACAAGUGAACACACAGGUUUGUUAAUGGUGUAGAUCGAGGAUAUUCUGUUCCUCGUCCUUGAUCUUUCCCAUCCUUAUCCUCAUUUUCUAAUCGAGGUCAUCCUCGAUUUGACUCCUGUCCUCAAUUAGUUGAUGAUGCUUCACAUGGUGUCCUCGAUUUACACCAUAAACAUGUACACUGUUGACAAAACACCCAUUGAUGUGCCCUCAACAGUAAAACAAAAAACACUUUUUUACUGUGAUUGCCAACUUUCAUCAAUAUCUUGAAGAAUUUAAUGACAACCAAAUUGUUUUUUUUUUGCUUCAUCGUCUAUUGUCAGUGGUAGUACUUUGUGUCAAUUUUGCGAACCUAUGUGGUGACAUCAAACACACGCCUGUCAUUUUUAAAACAAUAGCAAGCUGGAACUUGCUUCUCCAGGAAAACAAGCAGUUAGACCUUUGUCUGGAUGGACAUUUUUUUAGAAAACUGGUUUAACUUUCCUGCGUUUUUUAAAAAGAUAACAUUCUGCUUCUCAUGAUGCAUUAGGCGUUGAGAGAGGAUGUCUAUUCCGAAUUAUUUUUUUAUGCCAGGGCAGAAACUUACAGACUUUUUGCCCGAGUUCUGCAUCUGUUUCAUUCUUUGUACAAAAAAAAGAGUUUCCUGAUUGUGGUCGGGGGAGAUAAAUGUUUAAUCGAGCCUCAUGUUGUAAAACGAUUGUGAGUUUUUUAAUUAGUUUUUAUUUGCAAAAUGUAAUUACUGUACAUAAUUGGACCAUUAAGUACUUUAUUUACCAGUGUGUAAUCGUUGCAUUGUAUUCAAUAGCAAUAUGUUGGGCGGUUCUUUAAAAAACACAAUUUUUAAACGUGUAAAUUUAGUUAAGUAUCAGUUAUUUAAUUUUUUUUAUAAGAUUGUUGCCAGUCAAUCACUGUUCAGUGGAAUGUAAUCUGGGGUUGGAGCCAAAUCUGAAAAUAGGUAAAAUGUCAAACUUUCAGAACAAGGGGGCUAGUUUUGAGAAGCCGCUUUAGUAUAAGAUAUUGCUGAACGAAUGUACAGGGGCCGUAUCAUAGGUCUGACACCUCAUAAGUCCGAAAUUUGGGACUUAUGAGGCGUUGGAUGUGUGAGGCAUAAAUUCCACCUCAUAGGUCCGACGCCUCAUAAGUCCGACAAUGGACA